AGCAGUGAACUCUAUCUACAUUUCCAGGAGCACAGCUGUGAUGAACAGUACUUGUGUCAGUUUUGUGAACAUGAAACAAAUGAUCCAGAAGACUUGCAUAGCCACGUGGUAAAUGAACAUGCAUGUAAAUUAAUUGAGUUGAGUGAUAAGUAUAACAAUGGAGAACAUGGACAGUAUAGCCUCUUAAGCAAAAUUACUUUUGACAAAUGUAAAAACUUUUUUGUAUGUCAAGUAUGUGGUUUUCGGAGUAGACUUCAUACAAAUGUUAACAGGCAUGUUGCUAUUGAACGUACUAAAAUUUUCCCUCACAUUUGUGAUGACUGUGGGAAAGGCUUUUCAAGUAUGCUAGAAUAUUGCAAACAUUUAAAUUCACAUUUAUCUGAAGGGAUUUAUUUAUGUCAAUACUGUGAAUAUUCAACAGGACAAAUUGAAGAUCUUAAAAUUCAUCUAGAUUUUAAGCAUUCUUCUGACUUACCUCAUAAAUGUAGUGACUGCUUGCUGAG